ACCCCUACACUGAGUUAUUAUCAUUCAAGCACCAUUCUUCUCGAUCUUCUCUUUCUCAACCGAACCAAAUUACAGAUUUAACAAGAUGCCUCCAAUCUUGCAGGACUUGUCAAACUCGGUGAAGCUCAAGUACGUGAAACUAGGUUACCAAUACCUAGUGAACCACAUUCUGAGCCUGACUCUGAUCCCCAUCAUGAUCUCCAUCUUUAUCGAGGUUCUACGCUUAGGCCCAGACGAGAUCCUGAAGCUCUGGCACUCCCUCCACUUUGACCUUGUCCAAAUCCUCUGCUCCUCCUUCCUCAUCAUCUUCAUCUCCACCGUCUAUUUCAUGUCCAAGCCCCGCACCAUCUACCUCGUCGACUACGCCUGCUUCAAGCCUCCCGUCACUUGCCGUGUCCCCUUCGCAACCUUCAUGGAACACUCCCGGCUUAUCCUUAAAGACAACCCUAAGAGCGUCGAGUUCCAAAUGCGUAUUCUCGAACGUUCCGGUCUCGGUGAAGAAACAUGUCUCCCUCCCGCAAUCCACUACAUCCCUCCCAAACCCACCAUGGAGGCCGCCAGAGGAGAAGCUGAGCUUGUUAUCUUCUCCGCCAUGGAUUCUUUGUUCACCAAAACUGGUCUCAAACCUAAGGACAUAGACAUUCUCAUUGUGAACUGCAGCCUUUUUUCUCCCACUCCUUCUUUGUCUGCCAUGGUCAUCAACAAGUACAAGCUCAGGAGUAACAUCAAGAGCUUCAACCUCUCCGGCAUGGGCUGCAGUGCUGGUUUGAUAUCCGUUGACUUGGCACGUGACCUUCUCCAGGUUCACCCUAACUCAAACGCCGUCGUUGUGAGCACCGAGAUCAUAACCCCUAACUACUACCAAGGUAAAGAGAGAGCCAUGCUUCUUCCGAAUUGCCUUUUCCGAAUGGGGGGUGCUGCUAUUCUGUUGUCGAACCGAACCUCCGAACGCAGGAGAGCCAAGUACAGGUUGGUGCACGUUGUUCGCACUCACAAAGGUGCUGAUGAUAAAGCCUACCGUUGUGUUUUUGAGGAGGAAGACAAAGAAGGUAAAGUGGGGAUUUCCCUUCAGAAGGAUCUCAUGGCUAUUGCAGGUGAGGCUCUCAAGUCUAACAUUACUACCAUGGGUCCUCUCGUGCUUCCGGCUUCGGAGCAGUUGCUCUUCCUUCUCACUCUCAUUGGGAGGAAAAUCUUCAACCCCAAAUGGAAGCCUUAUAUUCCUGACUUCAAACAAGCCUUUGAGCACUUCUGCAUCCAUGCUGGUGGGCGUGCUGUGAUUGAUGAGCUGCAGAAGAAUCUUCAGCUUUCGGCUGAACAUGUUGAGGCAUCUAGAAUGACCCUUCACAGGUUUGGGAACACUUCCUCUUCUUCGCUGUGGUAUGAGCUCAACUACAUUGAGUCCAAGGGAAGGAUGAAGAAGGGUGAUAGGGUGUGGCAGAUAGCGUUCGGGAGUGGGUUUAAAUGCAACAGUGCUGUGUGGAAGUGCAACAGAAGCAUUAAGACACCGGUUGAUGGGCCUUGGGCUGAUUGCAUUGAUCGUUACCCGGUCCAUAUUCCUGAGAUCGUUAAGCUCUAGGAUGGAGAAUUGUUCAAGAAGAUAAAGAAAAUUGGUUAUUACUUUGGUUCCAGUUAUGAAAAAAAAUAAAAUAGAUGAGUUCUUUUCAUAACCCUUCUCUUUCUGCUUACUGUAGCCGUACCACAAAUCUCUCAUUUGUCAGUCAUAUUGGUUAUUUUAUCAUAUCAUAUCAUCAUAUCCCACUUUUCAUAUAUAUCUUUCUUUUACUUUUUUCUGUUUAUUUUCCAAACAAUUACAUGGGCCUCUUGUGAAUUAGCACAGAGAUCGCCGACGGGGAGGGGGGGGUCUAUGUGUUUAUUCAUGAAUUUGUGCAACAUGUAAGGGAAACACAGUUUCAAUUUCAAGUUUGUAUUUGCUUGCACUAUUAUUGGAAAGCUUGUAAUUAGGACUUGAAAUAUUGUAAGAAGUGCUUAUUUUCUUUGUUGUUGUUGUCUUGUCAGCGAGAUCAUAUCAUUAAAUUAAAGUUUCAUUAGCAUGACCAAAA